AUGUCGUUUGCUAAUAUUGAUCUCGAGGCUCAGAAACAGCCAUUAGUGAAAAAAUCGCCAGUUACAAACUACCAUUCUACAGCCUCCCCCACUAAAGAUGACGCAACUGAAGGCACAGAGACAUUGGAAAUGAUAAUACAAAAGACUUCCGAGCAGCUACAACACUUUAACCAGUUGAUUUCCCAGUUUGACUCUCAGCGCAGACAACUUGGAUCGAAGCGAGAUUCGAUUCAGCUUCGAAACAAUAUUGACGCCUUAGUCGAAGAUAUAUCGCUGCUCUACACAGCAAUACAGUCAUUGAUGUCUAAUUUAUCCUUGUUGAUCAACAGGUCAACAAAUGCAAAUCUUGCUAAUAGCAGUGUCGUCAAGGUGUCGAGCCGGCAAACUAUUAUGAAGGAAAGACUUAAUAGUGAGUUUCACAAUCUAGACAAGAAAUUUCGACACCUCGUUACAGUGUAUAAGGAAAGGAAAGAUAUGAUAAUUUUGAAUGAAAGGGAACCAGCAAAAGAAGAAUCAGAUGAGCAGCACCAGAUGCAAAAACAGACACAAAUGGAACAAGAAGUAGAGGAUCCUGAUUUGGUUGAACAAACAGAGUUACAGUAUCACUUGUUGCUCACCGAGGAGAGAAAUAGGGAGAUUGAACAAGUAUCAGAGGGUAUAAUGGAGGUGAAUGCAAUUUUCAAAGAUCUCAAUCAGCUUCUUCAUAGUCAAGGUGAUCAAAUUAACAGUAUUGAGGAUAACAUCUUGCAAUUGCAUGGACACACACAACAAGCUGAAAGAGAAUUGCACAAGGCUCAUGAAUAUGGAAAGAAAAAGGGUAAAUGGUCAUGUAUACUACUUAUAGCAAUGACCGUUUUCCUUCUAGUUGUAGUUCUCAUUGUAAUAAGCUAA